UCACUGAAGUUUCAAAGAAUGAAAUCUUGCAGAUUUAUUUCAAAAGUUGAAGAAGUUUUGAAUGACUGGAAACUUAUUGGGAUUUCUUCAGGGAAGCCUCUAGAAAAGGGUGUAUAUACCACUGGAUUAUGGGAGGAAAAAUCAGAUGAAAUUUCAUUUGCUGACUUCAGAUUCUCCAUUACUCAUCAUUAUCUUGUGCAAGAAGCCAGUGACAAAGAUGGGAAAGAGGAGUUGGUAGAAGAUGCCCUUCCGUUAUCUAUGCAAGAUUUGCUGUGUAUGAACAAUGAUUUUCCUCCUAGAGCCCAUUGUCUGGUGAGAUGGUAUGGCUUACGAGAAUUUGUGGUUAUUGCUCCAGCAGCCAAUCAUGAUGCCGUUCUUAGUGAAUCCAAAUGUAACCUUCUUCUGAGUUCAGUUUCGAUUGUGUUGGGGAACACUGGCUGUCAGGUACCACUGUUUGUGCAAAUACAUCAUAAAUGGAGAAGAAUGUAUAUUGGAGAAUGUCAGGGCCCUGGAGUUAGAACUGACUUUGAAAUGGUUCAUCUUCAUAAAGUACCAACUCAGUAUACUCAUUUAUCAGGUCUACUGGACAUCUUUAAAUCCAAGACAGGAUGUCCUUUAACUCCACUGCCUCCAGUAAGCAUAUCUAUUCGACUAACAUAUGUUCUUCAAGACUGGCAACAGUAUUUCUGGCCCCAACAGCCACCAGAUCUAGAUGCAUUAGUUGGAGGUGAAGUUGGAGGUCUGGAAUUUGGGAAGUUACCAUUUGGUGCCUGUGAAGAUCCUAUUAGUGAACUCCAUUUGGCAGCUACAUGGCCUCAUCUAACAGAAGGUAUAAUUGUGGACAAUGAUGUUUAUUCUGACUUGGAUCCCAUUCAAGCACCACAGUGGUCUGUGAGAGUCAGAAAAGCAGAUAAUCCUCAGUGCUUAUUAGGUGACUUUCUUACUGAAUUCUUCAAACUUUGUCGUCGGAAGGAAUCAACUGAUGAGAUUCUUGGAAGAUCUACAUUUGAAGAAGAUGGAAAAGAGGUUGCUGAUAUAACCCAUGCUUUGUCAAAGCUCACAGAGCCAGCACCAGUUCCAAUCCAUAAAUUGUCUGUCACAAACAUGGUUCACAGUGCAAAGAAAAAAAUUCGUAAACACAGAGGUGUAGAUGAAUCGCCAUUAAAUAACGAAGUCCUCAGUACUAUUAUGUUGUUCUUAUUUCCUGAUGCCGCUGACAAACUAACAGAUGGAUCUGAAGCCAUGCCUAGUACUUCAAGAAACAAUCCUCCUCCAGAGAGUGAAGAAUAUAAUCUUUACAAUCAAUUCAAAUCAGCUCCUUCAGAUAGUCUGACCUACAAACUGGCCUUAUGUCUUUGUAUGAUCAACUUCUACCAUGGAGGGGUAAAAGGCGUGGCACAUCUCUGGCAAGAAUUUGUAGUGGAAAUGCGCUGCAGAUGGGAGAAAAAUUAUCUAAUUCCAGGGUUAGCUAAUGGAUCUCCAGAUCUGAGAUGCUGUCUACUGCAUCAGAAACUUCAGAUGUUAAACUGUUGCAUUGAAAGAAAGAAAGAAAGAGAUGAGGGGAAAAAAGCAUAUACUGUUGAUCGUUCACCUAGUGGUUCUUAUGGUGAUACUGGGAAAGCAGUAGACCAUUCAGGUGGAGAUUAUCAAAAGGAGACUGAAAAGGAAAGAGGAGAGGUUGGAAAAUCUUGGGAAUCAUGGAGUGACAGUGAAGAAGAAUUUUAUGAAUGCCUCAGUGACACAGAAGAACUGAAAGGAAAUGGACAAGAAAAUGGAAAGAAAGGAGGAACAAAAGAAGGAAGUAAAGAAUCUGCAACCUUAAAACCAGAAGGUCGCUUACAUCCACAUGGAAAGCUGACUUUGCUGCAUCCCGGAGAACCUCUCUACAUUCCAAUAACACAGGAGCCAGCACCUAUGACAGAAGAUCUGCUAGAAGAACAGUCUGAAGUGUUGGCUAAACUGGGAACAUCGGCAGAAGGCGCUCACCUUCGGGCACGUAUGCAGAGUGCUUGCUUACUCUCAGAUAUGGAGUCAUUUAAGGCAGCUAACCCUGGUUGUUGUCUGGAGGAUUUUGUAAGGUGGUACUCUCCUAGAGAUUAUAUUGAAGAGGAAGUGGUUGAUGAAAAGGGAAAUAGAGUACUUAAGGGUGAACUGAGUGCCCGAAUGAAGAUUCCUAGUAACAUGUGGGUAGAGGCGUGGGAAACGGCAAAACCAGUUCCAGCCCGGAGGCAAAGGCGACUGUUUGAUGACACCAGAGAGGCUGAGAAGGUGCUUCACUAUCUUGCAGUUCAGAAACCAGCUGACCUUGCAAGGCAUCUUUUGCCUUGUAUUAUCCAUGCAGCUGUACUAAAGGUAAAGGAAGAAGAAAUGCUGGAAGAUAUCUCUUCAGUUAAGAAGAUUAUUAAACAGAUAAUAUCUCAUUCCAGUAAAGUUUUAAGAUUUCCAAACCCAGAGGACAAAAAAUUGGAAGAGAUCAUUGCUCAGAUUAUGAGUGCGGAAGCUACCAUUGCCAGGGCAAGGUCACUGAAAGCAAAAUUUGGGAUAGAGAAAUGUGAGCAGGAAGCGGAAAAAGAAGAUCUGGAAAGGUUUGUAAAUUCUCUUUUGGAACAGCCAGAAGUAUCGGUCAUUGGUGCAGGAAGAGGACCUGCUGGUAGUAUCAUCCACAAGUUAUUUUUGAAUGCCCAGAGGAUGACUGAAUCUUCUGAUGAGGUUGCCACAAUGAUUCCACUUGAUGAAGAACUGAAGAGGUCUGGCUCAUCAGAUGAACGGAGACUGAAUUUAGGAGCAGUUGCAGAUUUCCCACCACCUGCAGGCCGUGAGCUCAUUUUACGCAUGACUGUACCUCGACCUGCACCUUACUCUAAACCACUGCCUCAGCGAAUGUACAGUGUAAUCACAAAAGAGGAUUUUCGACUUGCUGGUGCCUUUUCAUCUGAUACAACAUUCUUCUGAUGUCACUGGCUUUAGGUUCUCUUGUACGUCUCUGCAAGUGGAACACUAUUUCUCUCUUUCCAUGGAAAUAAAUGCUAUGGACCAUGCCAGUCUGUGGACAAAGAGAGGAAGGAUAAUACUGGAAUAAUUAUGCUAAAGAAUAACUUUUCCCUAAUGAGUCGAACCAGCAUCUCAGAGUGAUUCCUGCAUCAAUCUGGUAUUUGGGACAGCUCUAUACGUUUAAACAUUUCUUCUUCUUCUUCUGUCUAGAAAUCUCCCCUCUAUCCAAAAAGUUGUACUUGUUUGCAUUAGUUUAACAAUGGACAUUUCUCUGGGCUUUUUACAAGUACUUCAUGUUGAAUUUAUAGUACAGUAUGUGCUGCUUUUCAAUUCUUAAUGUAGUCCUGGUGUUAGGCAGCCUAUUUGAAGUGUGAACAUUAAAAUAGUUAUUUAUUAUCAUAUAAAAUAUAAUCUUAAAUUCUGGAUAUUUUUGGUGACCUUUUCACUGAAUUCCAAUGGCUGGUUUUAAAAUACUAUUACUUUAAGCAAAAUGUAUCUAGAGAAGAUUCUAUCUUGUGCUAAACUCUUAAACAUGCAGUAUUUGUCUGAAAGAAGUCCUGGAUUAUAUGCAUUACAUACGUCUUUUUCUCUGAAGCACUUACAUAGAUAUUUUUGGCUAUAGCAGGGUAUUAAAUCUUAAAAAAAAGGGUCAAGUAGCCUUAAAUUUGUCAUUUAAAGUUUUCAAGCUUUUAUGUCUCCCUGUGUUGGAAGGGAUCAUGCCUACAAGUGUACUGUAGACAGCCACAUGUUAGCUAUGCUUCAGCUAUUGUGCUAAGAGUAGCAAUGGGGGAUGAUGGUGCCUCAGGCUAGCUGCCAAAGUAUGAUCAGUCUUGAGGCCCUGAGUUUGAAUUUGGGUGGCUAACUGUAGCCAUUAUGGCCACACCACUUUUUUUUUUUUUUUUUUUUUUUUAAAGUGAGGUUGCUGAAGCAGAACUAAUAUGGCUGUCUAUUCAUGUUAAGAAGUAUGCUCACAGCUAGUGUAGCAAUACCUUAAAGGUGAGACAACUGGGCCAAAACUUUAUGUAAAUGAUGAUUAAUUACUUAAGCAACUUAUUGAUGCUUAUAGAUGCCUCUUGACGCCACAUAGUGUAUACCAUGCAUUUAUGUUCAUAUUGUUCUGGUAAUAAAAAUAUUAUGAAACACAUAAAUCACAUGCUAUAUGUUGACUUUGUAAAAUACCAUGCAAACAGUGUACUUUUAACACAAAGGCUUAUUUUAAGCAAUAGCUUGUUUUUGUCUGAAUCAAAGGAUUAUAGUGGUGUUGUAAACUGUCAAAAUGGCUGUGAAAACAGUCUUGAUGCUUGCACUUAUUUGUCUUUGGACACUGUACAAUAAAUCUUAAAUUGUAAUUUGCGA